AUGGAGACUGAAGCUAAGACCUUGCCCACGAGAGGAGGAAGGCUCUCUGUGGUCCUGAAGGCUGAAGAUAUUCCCGAGCUCCUGCUCUCCCCAUCCUGGGCUGCACUCGCCAAGGACUCGGUUGACUUCCUCUCUCUUGAUUUGACUUCUACAUGCCAAAGUGUGGCGACUCUACCACAGAAGCUGAGUGACCUGCAGAAUGUUGAGCCCAAAAUGAAGGUUUUCAUCUAUACCCUAAAAGUUCAGGAUUGCCCAUCCACAGGGAAGAGCCCCUCCUCACUGCUCUUCAGCCUGCUUGAAGCCAUAAACAAAGACCGAGUACAGACUGUUGGGUUCGACAUCAGUGCAUUCCUGAGCUGCUCAUCCCGUUCUGAGGAGAGACCAUCUUGUUCUCUAACUGACAGCCUGGCCUUUCAGACUGAGGAGCAGCAGGAGACAGCAGUUGUGCCCUCCUCCCCUGUCUCAGCCUACCAGAGAGUCUGGGCAGCCUUUGCUAAGCAGUCUAGGGCAGAAAGGGAUGCCUUCCUGCAAGAUGUGUUCCCAGAAGGAUUCCUCUGGGGCGUGUCUACGGGAGCCUUUAGUGUGGAAGGAGCCUGGGCAGAAGGCAGCAGAGGGCCGAGCAUCUGGGACCACUACAGUGACCUGAACGCUGCCAAGGGCCAAGCGACAGCAAAGGUGGCCAGUGACAGUUACCACAAACCAGCCUCCGAUGUGGCCCUGCUCCGAGGCCUCAGGGCUGGGGUGUACAAAUUCUCCAUCUCCUGGUCCCGGCUGUUCCCCACUGGGCAGAAGAGCAGCCCCAACCUACAAGGUGUCGCCUACUACAACAGACUGAUAGACAGCCUGCUGGACUCCCACAUCGAGCCCAUGGCUACGCUGUUCCACUGGGACCUGCCCCAGGCCCUGCAGGAUGAAGGCGGGUGGCAGAACGAGAGUGUGGUGGAUGCCUUCCUGGACUAUGCAGCCUUCUGCUUCUCCACUUUUGGGGACCGUGUGAAGCUGUGGGUGACCUUCCACGAGCCAUGGGUGAUAAGCUAUGCAGGCUAUGGCACUGGGCAGCACCCACCAGGCAUCUCAGACCCGGGAGUGGCUUCUUUUAAGGUGGCCCACUUGAUCCUAAAGGCGCACGCCAGAACUUGGCAUCACUACGACCUUCACCAUCGCCAAGAGCAGCAGGGACGCGUGGGCAUCGUGCUCAAUUCUGACUGGGCAGAGCCCCUGGAUGGGGAGAGUCCCCAGGACCUUGCUGCUGCUGAGCGCUUCCUGCACUUCAUGCUGGGCUGGUUCGCUCACCCCAUCUUUGUGGAUGGGAACUACCCCACCACCCUCCGGGCCCAGAUCCAGCAGGUAAACCAGCAGUGUGGGGGUCCUCUGGCCCAACUCCCAGAGUUCACUGCAGCGGAGCAGCAGCUCCUGAAGGGCUCUGCGGACUUCCUUGGUCUGUCUCACUACACAUCCCGGCUGGUCAGCACCGCUGCGCAGCUGACCUGUAUCCCCAGCUAUGAUAACAUCGGAGGCUUCUCCCAGCACGUAGACCCCACGUGGCCCCAGACUGCAUCUCCCUGGAUCCGGGUGGUGCCCUGGGGCAUAAGAAGGCUGCUUCGGUUUGCUUCCAUGCAAUACACGAAAGGAAGAGUUCCAAUCUUCGUGGCUGGGAAUGGCAUGCCGCUAGGGGAAGGAGAGGAUCUCCUUGACGACUCGGUGAGAGUGAACUACUUCAACCUGUACAUCAACGAGGUGCUCAAGGCUGUCAAGGAGGAUUUGGUGGAUGUCCGUGCAUACAUUGCUCGUUCCCUCAUUGAUGGCUUCGAAGGACCCCCAGGGUACAGCCAGAGGUUCGGGCUGUACCAUGUCAACUUUAGUGACAGCAGCAGGCCGAGAACUGCCAGGAGAUCUGCCCACUUCUUCACUGGCAUCAUUGAAAAGAAUGGUUUCCCUGCCAAGGAGCUGAGAAGAACCCCAGUGCCUAUGAAAGCAGACUUUUCCUCCAGAGCCACAACCUUCUACAACUCCCCAUCUGAGGUGCCCUCCCAGGCUAAAAUCGUGUGGGAGAAGUUCUCCAACCAGCCCAAGUUUGAGAGAGACUUGUUCUAUCAUGGCACAUUCAGAGAUGACUUCCUGUGGGGCGUGUCCUCCUCGGCCUAUCAAAUCGAAGGAGGUUGGGAUGCUGACGGGAAAGGACCCAGCAUCUGGGACAACUUCACCCACAGUCCAGGGAGCACCGUGAAAGACAAUGCCACCGCAGACAUAGCUUGUGACAGCUAUAAGAAACUGGAUGAAGACCUGAACAUUCUUCGCGCCUUGAAGGUCAAGGCCUAUAGGUUCUCUAUCUCCUGGCCUCGGAUUUUCCCAACUGGAACUAUCAGUUCCCUCAACGAGCAAGGUGUCGAUUAUUACAACAGGCUGAUUGACGGCUUGCUGCAGAGCAACAUCUUCCCCAUGGUGACACUGUAUCACUGGGACCUGCCCCAGGCCCUCCAGGAUAUUGGAGGUUGGGAGAACUCUUCUUUGAUUGAUUUGUUCAACAGCUAUGCUGACUUCUGUUUUAAGACCUUUGGUGACAGAGUCAAGUUCUGGAUGACCUUUAAUGAGCCUCUGUAUGUGUCGCUGUUUGGCUAUGGUUCAGGGGUGUUUCCCCCAAAUGUGCAGGACCCCGGCUGGGCACCUUACAGGGUCAGCCACACACUCAUCAAGGCUCAUGCUAGAGUCUACCAUACUUAUGAUGAGAAAUACAGGCAGGAGCAGAAGGGGGUCAUCUCACUGAACCUCAACACUCACUGGGUGGAACCCAAAGACCCAGGGGUCCUAAGAGAUGUGGAAGCUGCCGACCGGAUGCUGCAGUUUUCCCUGGGCUGGUUUGCCCACCCCAUUUUUAGAAACGGGGACUAUCCAGAUGUCAUGAAAUGGAAUGUGGGGAACAGGAGUGAACUGCAGCACCUGGCGGGCUCCCGCCUGCCCAGCUUCACACAGGAGGAGAAGGCGUACAUCAGGGGCACCGCUGAUGUCUUCUGCCUCAACACCUACUCGUCCGUGUUUGUGCAGCACAGCACCCCAAGGCUGAACCCACCCAACUAUGAUGAUGACCGUGAGCUAAUGGUCAGCGAUAUGGAUUCUUCGUUGACCUCCCCGUCAAUGAUCACAGCCGUGCCCUGGGGGAUGCGGAGGCUGCUGAACUGGAUCAAGGAAGAAUAUGGCGACAUUCCCAUUUACAUCACGGAGAAUGGACACGGGCUGAACAGCCCUACGCUAGACGACACACAAAGGAUAUUCUACCAAAAAACCUAUAUCAAAGAGGCUCUGAAAGCCUACAGGCUGGAUGGUGUGGACCUUCGAGGGUAUAUUGCCUGGUCGCUGAUGGAUAACUUCGAGUGGCUGUCAGGCUACACAAUCAAGUUUGGACUGUAUCAUGUUGACUUUGACAAUGUGACCAGGCCUCGAACAGCAAGAGCCUCGGCCAGCUACUACACAGAGGUCAUUACCAACAAUGGCAUGCCCCUGGCCAAGGAGGACGAGUUUUUGUAUGGAGAGUUCCCCAAGGGCUUCAUCUGGAGUGCAGCUUCUGCUGCCUAUCAGAUCGAAGGAGCCUGGAGAGCUGAUGGCAAAGGACUCAGUAUUUGGGACACAUUUUCCCACACCCCACUGAGGAUUGGAAAUAAUGACAAUGGAGAUGUUACCUGCGACAGUUACCACAAGAUUGAUGAGGACGUGGUGGCCCUUCAGAACCUGGGUGUGUCCCACUAUCGAUUCUCCAUCUCCUGGCCUCGAGUCCUCCCAGACGGAACCACCAGGUUCAUCAAUGAAGCAGGCCUCAACUACUAUGUUCGAUUAAUAGAUGCACUGCUGGCUGCUGGCAUCACACCACAGGUGACCAUGUACCACUGGGACCUGCCCCAGGCACUGCAAGACAUCGGGGGCUGGGAGAAUGAGACAAUUGUGCAGCUGUUUAAGGAGUAUGCAGAUGUGCUCUUCCAGAGGCUGGGGGACAAGGUGAAGUUUUGGAUCACACUGAAUGAGCCCUACGUCAUUGCUGCCCAUGGCUAUGGCAGUGGGGUGUCUGCUCCAGGAAUCUCCUUCAGGCCUGGCACGGCUCCAUACACUGUCGGCCACAACCUAAUAAAGGCUCACGCUGAGGCUUGGCAUCUCUACAAUGACAAGUACCGUGCCAGCCAGGGAGGCGUGAUUUCCAUCACCAUCAGCAGUGACUGGGCUGAGCCCAGGGAUCCCUCCAAGCAGGAGGACGUGGAGGCUGCCAGGAGGAACGUCCAGUUCAUGGGAGGCUGGUUUGCACACCCCAUCUUCAAAAACGGAGAUUACCCGGAGGUGAUGAAGACACGGAUCCUUGAAAGGACCGCUGUGCAGGAUAAGGUGGACCUUCGAGGAUACACGGUAUGGAGCGUGAUGGACAACUUCGAAUGGGCCAUAGGCUUUGCAGAAAGGUUUGGUGUGCACUUUGUGAACCGCUCAGACCCUUCUCUGCCAAGGAUCCCCAAGGCAUCAGCCAAGUUCUAUGCCUCUGUAGUGCGCUGCAAUGGCUUUCCUGACCCUGCACAAGGACCUCACCCUUGUCUCCAGCAACCAGAGGGCAGGGGCGUGGCCACCAUUGCAGACAGCUCUUGGCCAGACUCUGGCUCCUUCUGGCUGAAGGUGACCCCUUUUGGCUUCCGGAGGAUCUUGAACUGGCUGAAGGAAGAAUACAACAACCCUCCAAUUUAUGUCACAGAGAAUGGGGUGUCCAGACGAGGGGACCCAGAACUCAAUGACACGGACAGGAUCUACUACCUCCGCAGCUACAUCAAUGAAGCCCUCAAAGCCGCUGUGCAGGAUAAGGUGGACCUUCGAGGAUACACGGUAUGGAGCGUGAUGGACAACUUCGAAUGGGCCAUAGGCUUUGCAGAAAGGUUUGGUGUGCACUUUGUGAACCGCUCAGACCCUUCUCUGCCAAGGAUCCCCAAGGCAUCAGCCAAGUUCUAUGCCUCUGUAGUGCGCUGCAAUGGCUUUCCUGACCCUGCACAAGGACCUCACCCUUGUCUCCAGCAACCAGAGGGUAGGUGGCGCUGGGAGGGACCAACACUGUGUGGUAAAGGGUGAGAGGAAGCUGUCCUUUCCACCUGCCUUCCUCUAGUUCCUGGCCUUCUCCUGCCCUUCUGUCCCCUCCUUUCAUUAGCAUGCACUCCAGGUACCUUUAGGCUGCUGCAGGUCUCUCCAGAGCC